AUGUGCAUGUUCAGUCCCAGUUCUUGUAACCUUUGCCUUCAUCUGCUUUUCAGUACCCCAGCGGAUAUGACCUCCAAUAUAGAGAACAGUACCGCUCUGAACGACGUACAGUGCGACAAGUUGCAGUACGGAUUUGGUGCUGUCGGAAGCCAAGCGAACGGGGUGACCGCAAAGGCUGUGGCUCAAUAUGUCGCAUCAGAUGCUCCCAUCGCCUUUGUUGCAGCUCAAAAUGAUACGCGAUUUAUUAUGCCACUGACGACCACCGACAGGAGCGUAACCAUUAAUCCCUGUGGUGCCGCUCAUCCUGUGAUGAUUCCUGCGAGAUUGGACAGCUAUAGAAGAUCCCGUUCAAAGUUUUAA